AUGGUGAAGGUCGAAGAAAUCCUAAGUACUUCAACCUUUGCGUGGAGUCAAGGUAACUUGCCUUUACUUGCAACGGGGACAGUCGCAGGAGCAGUUGACAUAAACUUUGAUUCAUCUUCCACUCUCGAGAUAUGGGAUAUUUUUUCAUCACAAGAUAAAAAAGCUCCAAUAUUUACUGAAACUGUGGAUAAUAGAUUCUAUGCCUUGGCAUGGUCCAAACCAUUUGACGGAAGGCCUAUGGGGUUAUUAGCUGGUGCAUUUGAAAACGGGGCUGUUGAGAUUUGGGAUGCAGAAAUUUUAAUUAAGACCAAAGAUUUGAAAAUAUCGUCGAUUUAUAAAUCAUUGAAGCAUACUGGUCCGGUCAGAUGUUUACAGUUUAACCCAAAUCAAGAUCAUAUUUUGGUUUCAGGUGGUUCGCAUGGCGAGAUAUAUAUCUGGGAUACAAAGAAUUUUACUGAACCUGUCUCUCCUGGAAAAGCAAUGACACCAAUGGACGAGAUCACGAGUGUUGCUUGGAAUAGGUCAGUCGGCCACAUCCUUGCCACUACUAGUAAUGGAGGUUUCACUUCUAUUUGGGACUUAAAGUCAAAAAGAGAAGUCUUACACUUGUCUUACAAUGGACCAAAUGGUAAAUCUAAUUUUUCGCAUGUUGCAUGGCAUCCAACUCAAUCAACUAAAUUGGCAACAGCAAGUGACAGUGAUAACUGUCCUUCAAUCCUAACAUGGGACUUGAGAAAUUCAAAUGCUCCAGAAAUGAUCUUAGAAGGACAUAAAAAAGGUGUUCUCUCUUUGGAUUGGUGUACUCAAGAUCCUGAAUUACUACUUUCAAGUGGAAAAGAUAAUAACACAUUUUUAUGGAAUCCAAUUAAGGGUGAAAAGUUAGGAGAAUACCCUACUACGGCUAACUGGGCUUUUCUCACCAGGUUUGCACCAGCAGCGCCUGAUAUUUUCGCAACUGCAUCUUUUGAUGGAAAAAUUGUUGUACAAACUUUACAGGAUACGUCUCCUCCAAUAACCACCAAAGUUUCAUCCAAAGAUGAUGAUCUGUUCUGGAACGAAAUAUCAGUUUCUGAAACACAACAAGCAGUCUUUGAAAAGCAGCAAGCACCUUCUUGGCUCAAGAAUCCUUCAAGUGUAUUCUUCGGCUUUGGCUCAAAAAUCGUCACAGUGGGUGAAAAUACCGAUGGGAAGUCUGUAGUUAAGAUUCAAAAGUUUGCUACUAGUUCCCUGAAUUUAUCGGUAAAAUUGAGCGAAGCAUUAAAAAAUGGGGAUUUCAAAUCAUUAAUUCAAGAUAAAUUGAAUGGACCGUUUUUGUUGGAAAGCGAUAGGCUUGAUUGGGAGCUUCUCAAUAAGCUAUCUGACCAAGGAAAAGAGAAGUUAUUUGAGCUUGAUUUAGACAAACAAGAGUCAGAUCCUUGGAUUAACGGAAGCUCUAAGCUUGAUACUUCUACAAUCACAGAUGACGCUUUCUUUGACAAGCUCGGAAAUGGGGUGACCAAUUCAGAGGAUUAUGUCCCAAGUGGACCCUUUUCCUUAUUCGACUCGACGACUCCUAAUGAUGAAAAAAGAUUAAUCAAGUUGCUACUUAAUAAUAAGGUUGAUGAUGCUAUUUCAAGUUGUUUAGAACAAGGUAAACUUUUAGAGGCAUUAAUUCUAGCAUUGGAUGCAUCUGAUGAAGCGAAGCAAAAGGCAAAGGCUGGCUUUUUUAAUAGCAAGAAGGGUGAUCGAUUAGCUAGGUUGCUUUAUAAUGUAUCUCAAAAGAAUAUCACCGAUCUAGUUUCUUCCGCUGAUGCUUCAAAUUGGAAAGAAAUAGCGACUGCCAUCACAUCCUUCUCGACAGAUGAAAGUGACUUUAGCUUGAAAAUUAAUGAGUUAGGAGAUAGAAUUUUCGCCUCGAAUGAUCAAGACAAGAGAAUUAAUGCAAUCUCUUGCUAUUUGGCAGGUAAUGGUCUUGAUAAAAUUGCAAAUGUAUGGCUUUCGGAAUUGCCUGAAUUUGAACAACAUUUACUUCAAGGUAAUUCGGAUAUUUCAUCUCCUUCAGAAGCUCAUUUUGAAGCUUUAAACAACUUUGUUGAGAAAAUCGCUACGUACAGAUCGCUAACUAACAUGUUAUCUGAAAUUUCCGGACCUUCUAUUGAGCCCAUUGCGAAAGCGAUCUUAGAGUAUACCAACCUAGUAGCCAGUUUUGGUCAUUUUGAGUUGGCCGAGAAGUUCUUGCUGAUACUACCAAGUGAAUUCACAGGUAACGAGAAAGAUCGUAUUGUAAAGGCCCUUGAUACAACAUCGAAGACGUCUUCGUCAAAUUCUAAGCAUGCCAAUCCUAGGAUUGGGUCUUCAAGAACAGCAUAUGCAAGACCUAUGUUUAACUCCGCAGGACAAAAUAACGCCGCAAUGCAAAAUUCACCAAAUAUCUCACACAAGUCAUCUCUGAGGCAUUAUCCCAUCCCUUCUCAGGCAGUGGCAACUUCUGUCGUGCCACCAGUUAUGGGAGCUCCAGUGGCUCCCAUGAGACGAUCAAGUGCCGUCUCCAAUCCUUCGUUACCCACGCCUGGAGUUACUAAUCAAUAUAAUAGGAGUGUUUCAUCUAAUCCUUAUGCUAGAACUACAAGUAAUAACCCAUAUGCUCCUUCCAGUGCCAUUUCGAACCCUUACAAACCAGCUAAUGCUCCUUCGGCUACUGAGCCCUUAAAUAGUGCUCAAACAUCGCCUCUACCUCCUCCAAGGACAAAUAAACUGGAAACAGAAGGUUGGAAUGACUUGCCUAAUACUUUCAAGACAAAAGCAACUGCACCAGCUCGUAGAGCAGCAGCACCUGUGGAGCCUUCUCCUUCGCCUACACCUUUUUCUGGUGUUCAGCUGCCUCCUAUUGCUCAAAAGAGGCCAUCUAUGACUUCAGCUUCAAGCGGGUUAUUGCCGCCACCGAGAAGAGGGAUAAGUCGCACUAGUUCAAGAGCGUCGCUAGCUGGAAAUCUAGGUUCUUCCGCAGAGGUCUUACCGCCCCCACGUCACGCUUCAAUAAAUAAUCGCUAUGCUCCACCUUCAAGUGCUACUCAAGAAGGUUUGAAUGGAUCAGCAAAUAUAAGUGCUCCUUCAACGCCUGCUCUUGGUGCACCGCCAGCACACUCCAACUUGACACCACGAGGUUCAUUCGCAACGACUAACGCGCCGCCGAAGAAUCCAUACGCUCCUCCUCCUCCUCCUCCUGCAACAGGUGCCAUAAGCGCUGGUAACUUUUCCCCUAAUGUGUCUAGAGCUUCAGUUACCGCUCCUCCCAAAAAUCCUUAUGCUCCUCCUCCUGGAGCUGAAUCUCCGAGACCAACUAUUCCUGGAGUUGCCCCACCUCCUGUGAGAGGAGGGAUCGCACAACCUCCUUACCAUCAUAAUCAGCGCAGUUCUCUGCAAGUGGGUAGUAGGCCCCUAUUUCCUCCGCCUCCAGCGAGGUCCGUCCUGAGUGCGUUUUCUCCUAGUGGUCAAAUACCACAUCCACCCGUUUCGUCUAAUCCGAUAUCGCCACCGAUUAAGGCUGGUAUGGUACCACCACCAAUUCACACGUAUGGUCAAGGAAGUAAUGCGACAGUCGCGAAUGGGCCACCACCUCGUGCGACGGAGGCCUCGUCACAUCCUGUUGGACAGUUCUCUCAACCUCCGACAUCCACUUUUACACAACCUCCCCCACCGAAAAUACAAAAUCCACCUGAGCUUAACAAUCAACCGCCAGCAAUGGAGGCACCGCAAGCACCGAUAGAACCCGCUAAAAUGAGAUAUCCCGACGGUGACAGAUCGCAUAUUCCAGAAUCUUCAAUGCCGAUUUAUAAAUCCUUAACAAAUGUUUUAGAAGCAAUCAAGCCUAACAUUCCUGAAAAGUAUGCUAAGCAUGGUCGUGACAUGGAAGAGAGACUCAAUUUGCUUUUUGAUCAUUUGAACAAUAAUGAACUUUUGACCCCAGACACUAUCGAAACUUUGAAGCAAGCAUCUCAAUCACUUGAGCACAAGGACUUUCAAACUGCAGCAUCUUUGAAUUUAGAGAUUGCGACUAAUCAUGCUGAUGAAAUCGGGAAGUGGCACACAGGAGUGAAACGUCUUAUUACAAUGGCGGAGGUAAUGUACUAA